CAUAGCGCUGGGAGAACACACUCCCGCGUGGUGGCGACAGAAUCAGCACAGGUGACAGCGAUGUGGAAGAUUAAGGUGGUUGGACUUGGUGUUGUGGUCCUCUCAGUGAGGCUGCUUGUGUUGAUUCACCGUCUGUGGACCAAAAAAGUUCGGAAUGAAGUCAUCUUCUUCCCCUCUGAGUUGGCUUGUGUGGAGCACAUCUUCAACCCAGAUUUACCCCAACCUUGUUUGUGUCCCUUACCUCACGGUGUGGAGACAUCUUUCUCUCGACUCCUCCGCUACAUCCUCUCUGCGUCGUCCUCUCUGGACUUGUGUGUUUUCGCCUUUUCCAACAUGGACCUGUGCAGAGCUGUGCUUGCACUGCACAAAAGAAAAGUGACCAUCCGAGUCCUCACUGACAAGGACUACACUGCCAUCACAGGCUCCCAGAUCGGUGUGCUUUGUAAGGCAGGAAUCAGGGUGCGCAACGACUACGGUUCUGUGUACAUGCACCACAAAUUUGCCAUUGUUGAUGGCCUGCAGCUCAUCACUGGCUCCCUCAACUGGACACUGACAGCAGUGCAAUGCAACAUGGAGAACGUUCUGGUCACAGAGGAACCCGACUUGGUCAAGCCCUUCAUCAGGGAGUUCCAGAGGCUGUGGGAGUGCAACGAUCCGCUUCACUCUUACCCCUCAGCUCUUGGUGAACCUCCCAACAUGACCGGCCACUGAUCAGGUGUGCCAAGACUCCCAGUGAUGACUCCCAGGUGUUUAUUUGGAGCUUCCAGAGCAUGACAUUGUGAUGCUAGUAGAAACAAGAAUUGUUUUAGGUCUGUUCAGUUGCACCUGUGCAUUUGAUUAGACUGUACUGUUGUCUUCAUAUUUUAACUGUUUGACUGGGUGUGUUUAGUAAAGGACCCAAGAUUUGUCUCAUGUUCUGCACUCUCAGAGACCAGA